AGCUACUGUGCUAGGAAAGGGAAGAAACCUCAUGACCGGUAAAUUCCGGUUUUUGGGGGUACGCAGAAAUCGAGACUCCGGCCAGGAAGGGGGUGUGUGCUUCUGCCACUGCCACUGCCACUGCCACUGCAGCUGCACGAUUGACAUUGAUCUCCAUUGUAUCUGCUUUUGUUUUCUCUACAUGGUCGUCUUACAGGUACGCCUGCAGAACUGGAGUAAAAGAUGACCUCAGGUUGAGGCAUGACCCCCUCUGGAGAACCCAUACCUCUGAAUUUUGAGUUCAUGCAGCAUUCGUUCCCCCAAAGAGUAGAUCUCGGAUCUUCUCAACCACAACAUGUUGCACAGCAGAUCAGAAGAGAUAAGCUCAGAAUACAGCAGCAUGUGUCUUCGUCCCCAUCCUCCUCCACUCCUUCCGCUGGGAUUUCCGACCCUGUUCUUCAAUCUCAAGAAGUUGAGGAAUCGAGGAACAGUGGGCUAUCGGGAAGUGCGUACUCCGGAUUCCCUGGGUUAGGUGGUCUAAUCCCUCUUGGCUACGAUCCCAAUAGCCUGAUCUCCGCGGAGAUGAUGAGUUCCUCCGCUGCUGGACGGUUGCCAUCCUUCAAGGGCAGCGUUCCUGAGAGUAACAGUGGUUGGAAGUGCCUAAAUUAUCAGGCAAGCACAGAUUGCAUAGCCAACUGCAUGCAGAACCCGUCUGCCCAAAGCUCAGCCGUGGGUUCUAUGGUUCUUGGUUCAGUUGGUGGAUUUCCCAUCUACAACCUUGGUGGACCGCCUUCUAUAACUGUUUUGAAUCCUAACUGUGGAGGUAGGGAAGAUGUUCAACAGCACCCAGUUCAACAGUCCCAAUUUCUUUCUCGAGCCUCCCAAGAAUUCAAUAUCAGGGAGCAGAGCCAGGGCCUCCUUUUGCCAAGCUUUGGAAAUGUACAGAGCGGCCAGUCGGGUUUCAGUGAGUGGAACCAUAAGCAGGGAGGGUUGAAGCCACAGUUGGUUGAGGAGUCUUUCAUUGGAAGGGAGGCCAUCAAUGGAUGGUUUAGGACAGAUACAACAGGGCAGGGCUUGUCUUUAUCUCUAUCGUUCCGUAAUCCAACUCCUGAGUCGCAGUUGCAACAUGAAACAAGAUUCGGUGCUGAGAAUUUGGGUGCUUGCCCUGCUUCUGCUUGCACCAUAGGCCAUCAUGAAAAACGGAAGCAAGAGCCAGUUGGGGAUUGCUUCUCCUUCCAGAAAGAUGGUCCUGCUGCAUUCAUCUCUAGGAUUCAGAAGAACCCAGUACCACUGGGUCCAUUUACGGGAUACGCAACCGUGCUGAAAAACUCCAAGUUCUUGAAGCCUGCUCAGCAGCUGCUGGAUGAGCUCUGCAACGUGGGCAAGGUUGCAAUCAACAGCAGCAGCACUAGCGACGAUGAUGGGACCAUCGGAAAAUUUCACACCAACAACGACCAGUUUGAGAUUGACGGGAAAUGUGGGAAUUCUGGUCGUUAUUGCCACAUUCCCUUGGAUAAUCCUCCCUGCAUCUCUUCUUCGGUGUAUCUUCCCACUAACGAACCCGCAGAACCGAGUAGAAGGAACCCAGUUUCCGCUUCCGCAGAUCAUAACGAGCACCGCAGGAAGAAGAAUCGGCUGAUCUCUAUGCUUGAUGAGGUUUACAGGAAAUACAGGCAUUUCUGUGGACAGCUCCAGGCAGUGGUCGCCUCAUUUGAGUCUGUUGCUGGCCUGAACAAUGCUGCACCAUACACUUCCAUGGCUGCCAAAGCCAUGUCUAGACAUUUCCGGCAUCUUAAAAGCGCAAUCAGCAAUCAGCUGAAGUUCACAUGCAAGGUUCUUGGUGAGGAUUGCUUUCUCUCAGGCACUGCCAGAGGAGAUGAAAUUUCAAAGCUGGGGCUGGAAGGGGGUGUCCAACAGAGGGAUGCCGGGUCUCUGAGAAUCAAUGAGCCACAGCAACAGCAAGUUUGGCGUCCACAGAGGGGCCUUCCAGAACGAGCUGUGGCAGUGCUUCGGGCCUGGUUGUUCGAACAUUUCUUACAUCCGUAUCCUACUGACACGGAUAAGCAAACGUUGGCCAAGCAAACUGGUCUCACCAGAAGCCAGGUAUCCAACUGGUUCAUCAAUGCUAGGGUGCGGCUGUGGAAGCCCAUGGUAGAAGAAAUCCACAUGAUGGAAUCACGCAAUUCCGUAUCUUCAGACUUCAGUUCAGUGAACAAGCCAGAGUCGGUGGCCAUCAUAGGCGAGAGCAGGAGCUCUCAGGCCUUUCGGGCCCCAGAUGGACGACAGAACUGCGACAACUCCGACCACCCUCUUGGCCAUCUCCUGCCCACAAAGCAAUUCUCGGCCAAUGUCUCGCAAAUUCCAAUCUACAAGGACCGCAGCAUCGGUGAUAACAGCAUGCUAUACCAACAAAAUGAGGCAUCGGUGAAGACGACUCGCGCCACCGGUGGCAUUGGCGGUGUGUACUUGUCACUGGGGCCAUGAAAAUUUCUGGUUUCCGUCGUCAAACCUAGAAGCUACGAGUCGAGGAUGAUCAAGACGAUGGCCGUGGAGUGACGAAACAAAAGUGGCGGAGUUACAAUGAUAAUACAGAAACUAAUGGGGCAUUAUGUUAGAGAGGAACACGCGUUUGUGGGCAAUUUUCCUGCAUGUUUUGGGCUAAGAUAUGAAAAUUAUGGUUAAUUCUUUGGAGUUUGAGGGUCGGUGUGUUGGUCAUAUGAGGCUGUGAGAAAAGAUUUAAUUGGCGAAUGCAUUCGUGUUUGUCUGUCUUCA